AUGCAGUGCGUGUUGUCGCGGUGGAACUUCUCGCACACGACGUGGGGAAACCCGUUUGGUGCAUGCGUUGCUGACAUCAUGCAUGUGCUGGAUUCGGGGAUGGCACUGCACCUGCUGGAGAACAACAUCGCGGUUCUCAGCAAGCCAGGGAGGCGGGAUGUUGAGAGGCGCAAGAAGACAACCAAAGGAGAGACACCGAAUGUACUUUUGCGCCUGCCUGGAGGCAGCUCCUACUUCUUGAGUGGUGCAAACUAUGCAGCCUUCGAACACCGCAGCAUGAUGCAGGUGAUGCCCAUCCUAGUGGUCGACAAGUCAGCGCUACAGCGCGCUCCGCGUGCGGGCUUUCAGGGUGCCUAUCCGGACCACGCCUCGCAUUGGCGAUUUCCCAAGAUUCACAUGAUUGUCCACUUGCUGGACAAUGCGAUCAUGCGCGGGAUGCCGCACCACUACAGCACGGAGAUGUGGGAGCAUACCCACAAGGGGACAAUCAAGAUACCGGUCAGGGGCAGCAACUGGAAGGACAUCCCCCGGCGGAUCGUCGAGGAGGAGGUGCAGAGAGAGAUCUGCAGGGAGGUGGCACAAGACGCGGGUGGUGGGCGUCAGUAUGCGACCGCUCUGAGGGAGUCGUGGUAUACGGUUGCCUGCCCACCACGGCAGGCGGUUGAGACCAUGAAGCCCGUGCUAACGAGGAAGGGCCGCACGAUGCGGCCAGAGGUGGAGGGCGACGCUGUGAUGGCCACCUACCGUACCGCGCUGGGAGAUCUCAUGGACUCGCUGCCAGGGUGCAUGGUGGCUGCGAACAUCACGGCAUCAGAGAUUGUGGUGCGUGAUGUGCAGCCCGGGGCCACCGCAUGUGUGGGGGGCCCGCGAUGUCGUGUAAUGCGGGGGACGGUUGCUUUUUGCCGAACCCUACUGAUCAAACGCGAGCCCUCGUCUUCCCUUGCCCCACUACUGCAGGCCCACACGGCUGUGGCGAUUCCACGCACGAAGGGUGGGGCACUGGUCUCCAAGGGCGCGUUCAUCAAGGCAAGCCCCAAGGAGAAAUGGUUCACGGACAUUGCUGUGAAGUCGAACAAGAAGAAGGAAGAGUGGUACGCCAAGGCGCUCUGUAUUUUCAAGGCGGCCACGGCUGACGGGGAACGGAGGGGGUUUGUGUACAUGCGGUGGUAUGAACAGUUGUUCACGGAGUUCGUCGAUGAGUUCAACGGUGAGAUGCACGCGCAGAACGACAAGGCAGUGGUGCUCGUUCACAACCCUAAACAUGUCCUCAUCGGGUGUGUGAAAAGGACCAGCGUUGUGGAGGGGUUCGUCGUGGAAGAGCUAACAAGGGUGCGGGUGGUGCAGACGUUAGGUGUGGUGCCGGCGUGCGCCUUUUCGGCGUUCACUGGUGUGGUCGACACGUUGAAGGCUGUGUUCCGCACGUGGUUCCUGCGCGGCGCGGUCGAGAGCCCCGAGUGGAUAAACAAGGGGGUGUUUCAGCGCCCUCCGCUUUACGAUGUCCUGUACAAGCUGUUCAUGGCGGGCAGAUUGACCAUGCCAGGCUCGAUUCAGCGGAGCUGGUGGCGGGCCGGUUGUGUGCCGAAUGGAUGGAUGGGGCGUAUGGAUCGACUGAAAGGGAGGGCGGCGGCUGCGUUGUUCGACUGCAUGGUGGUGGAGUUGACAACGCUGCAGCUGGUCAUCGAGGAGUUUAAGAGCAAGUGCAGCAGCGGACUCUACAUGACAGCAUGGGAUUUUGUGGGAUGCGACGAAGACCUCAUCGAGAAGUGGAAGCCUGCGGGGGGUGAGGACACCGAUUCUGAGGAGGAGAUACCGGCAUACUUCUGCAUCCCAGAGGGGCCCCUCAUGCGAGACAGCCGCAGCUGCCGCCGCGUGGUGCGCAUGGUGCACGGCGGCUUCGUUAAACAGGCGGAGGUCUUGGGAAUCCAUCCGCGCGACGUUCCGGAGGAGGUCGGAGUUGUCAAUGAAGAGGUGGUGAGCCGCCUUCGCCGCACACCACCUAAGCGCACACGUGCAGGCAGUACAAGCGAUGAGGGAAUAACCUCGGACGGGUCGGAGGUGGAGCCAUGA